CCCCCGGCACCCAUGAUGGUGUGGUUGGAAAGCUUCAAACGCAAAGAAUUUACCAUAGGGUUGUAGGAAGUUGUCUAGUGCGCCUUACGUAAAAUUGUUCCAAGUCACUUAAGCAGUUUCAGAAGCGACACGAUCCACGAAGUGGUUUGUACAUAUACCUAACUACCCACCACUUCCCGACUUUUACGUGUGGUUUUACAGCACUAAAAAAAAAAAAAAAAAAAACUCUGGUAAAUAAGUUGUCUUACGGAUUGGUGGUUUCGGUUUGUUUCUGCAUUGCGGGAGGAAUGUUGCCCUCCGUGUUUGCAACUGAUGACGUUGUCUUUGGAUUUGCUCACUCCGUGUUUCCCCCUGCAGCCCUUUGCCCGGUCUGGCUGGCGUGGCACUUGUUCAUCAGUGCGGUCGCGUCUGCCAUUCUGUGCUUUAGCUUCUGUUCGGAAGGCCCGCCUGGGACGCUGGACGCUCGUGCUCUGUGCAUUUCUGCACAAGAUGUUGGUUUCUCAGCUGGCGUCACUGAGCCGACUUCCGUUCUCUGUGUGCAGGCUGCGAGAGCAGACAAAGCAACAACUCCGGGAAUAUAAAGCCAUGCUUGAUGCACGUGAAGAGAAAACUCCAGAAAUCAUGCAGGAACAUCAAAUCGAGGAGAAAAUCGAAGAACUGGAGAAUGAAAUUGAAGAGGUCAAGCUUGGUUUGGAAACGCAAAAUCUCGCAAUAAGCCGGAUACAAUGUGCAAAUGCACUUAAAAGAAGCCUGGAGAAAACCGAUCCCAAGAAUAGUGGAUUCAUGGACGACAUGAAACAUGUGAUAAAGCUACAGAAGUUGAUAAUAACGUCACAGAAGGAAUCUCGGAGUUUAGAGGAAAAACUACUUGAUAUUAGAAAGAAGAGAUUGGAAUUAAAACAGACGUCAGAAAGUAAGCUUUUAGAAAUACAGACCGAAAAGAACAAAAAGAAAGAAGAUUUGGAACAAGUGGAAAAUUCAGAAAAGAUACAGAUGCUGCGUCAGAACCUGCAGACGGAGCUGCACAUCACCACGGUCAUCCAGCACGUGUUCCAGAACCUCAUCUUGGGGAGCAAAGCUAACUGGGCAGAGGAUCCCACUUUGAAAGAAAUUGUCCUGCAACUCGAGAACAAUCCCAACAUGAUCUGAUGAGGAUUUCAUUUAGGUUUUUUUGGGUUUUGUCCUUGUAUGUCACUUAAAGAGAAGAUUUCAAGAGAAGCAUGUCUUUGGAACCUUUCUAACUCUGCAACUGUUUUUCUAAUUUGAAAUAUGUUGUUUUAAAUAUGGUGGCCCAGGGGACGUAUUUCCUCCAGAAGAACCCUGAACUGUUGUCCCUGGAAGGGCGACACUCGAUCCAGCCUCCUGCUGAGUACAUACAAUUAUCUGGAAUGUUCUUAUUAUGAGUACAUCUGUGCAUUGUGACAUCAAAUUAUUGGAAAAGUAUAUCCAGAAUAGUAGCAGUUAUAUUUAUUUGUAGUAGUAAAUUGUGACUUUAGGUCUUUAUUAAGUAUGUAUGUAUGUAAGAAUAAAAGGAAUAAACGUUA